AUGGCGCCGUACCAAUACUGCGACCUCGACAUACAGAAGCAUGAGUUCCGCUUGCUUCACCUUUUGCCCGGAAAGUUCGAUGAUCGCAUCAAGAUUCAAGUCUGGACCACACCGCUGAUCGUACCACCGGCACGAAUCGACCCGAGAAUUAGUCUGGAUGAGCUGAACAAGACAUUGCCAAAACUGUGGGGAGCCUACAAAACUGUGCAUGGAAGAUAUAUCUUCGAAAAUGGUGAAACGGAGGAAACUUUCUGGUCGCAUCCAGACCCAUCUUUCGACUCUUCAAGGCUCGGUACAACAUUCGAAGACCCACCUGAUGACUAUGAGCCUAGGUAUGAAGCGUUAUCCUACACCUGGGGUCCUCCAGAGAGUUGUCCGGAACUGGCAUUUGUGCAACCAAUAAGUAAUACCUCGACACAGGCAGAUCCAGUCACACUCCCUCUCCGACGAAAUCUUGCCGUUGCGCUACGUCAUAUUCGAUUCCCCAAAGCAACGCGGACUCUGUGGAUCGACGCACUGUGCAUCAAUCAAGAUAACAUUCCCGAACGAAACGAGCAAGUCAAGAGGAUGACGGAUAUUUACAGGCUGGCAGACCGUGUCGUAAUCUGGCUCGGUCCCCGCGAAACCAACAGCGAGGCGGCGAUGAAGAUGCUGGAUCAUCUGGGUGCACAAAUAGUUCUUCUAGAGAAUGAGUGGUGCCAUCGGGCACCUGAAGCAACAGACACGCAAUGGUACCGCCGAGGCAACCCCAUACCAAUUUCACAAGAGAUACUAUCCGCUAUGCACCAUUUGCUCAACCGGGGCUGGUUCGACCGCGUUUGGGUUACGCAAGAAGGGCAGAUGGCCAACAGUCGCUCUAUUGUGAUGUGUGGCGAUGACUCCAUGCCUUGGCCGCAUAUGCAAGCCGCUAUCAUCGGCUUGUGGUCUAAUAAUGUCAGCGGGAGGUCACCUGAGCUGCUUGAGCUAUUCACUAGACUCAUGCACUUUGCUUUCCGUCAGUGUGGACGCCAGUUGUUCGGCUUGAUUACCAGGAAUGCCUACCGGUUGUGCGCCGAUCCGCGGGACAAGAUCUACGGCAUUUUGGGUCUUGCACACCCGACAAUCACCGCCCAAAUCAAACCAAACUACUCACUGACAGUCACCGACGUGUACAAAGAAGUAUUUUUGACAUAUUCGAAAUUUUCAAGUCGAUUGGGCAUGCUGCGCGAAUGCAAUUUGGGCUUGCGGAAUAUCGACGGACCUUCCUGGGUUCCAGACUGGUCAACAGUCACGAAUACGGUGAUCGGGAAACGAGAUCUGAUACUUUACGACACAUCUUCCGCAUGUAUGGACUACUUGCCGCCGAAUACUCUCAAGGUCGCUGGGGUGCACUGCGGUGUCAUUCACCAUAUCGGGUCAGCCACGUCAAGUCAGCCAAAAGAAGUCCUCGAAGUGAUCCGGCAAUGGGAGCCAGAGAAUCUGCAAAUGGCUUCGUAUCCGACAGGCGAGUCCAUGUUGGACGCGUUCGUGUUGACUCUCCGCGGUUGUCAUGUCAAGGAACGGUUCCCAGAUUACGGCUACCCAACCACAGAAUCAUGGAAAGAUACGUACCUGUCGAAAAUAUCACGGCGCACAAGCAGCGCCCAAAUCGAAGACGCAAUGAAGGACAGCACAGUGGUACAAACUGUGAAAAACUGCUCGUAUCAAAGGUUCCUCUGGGCAGAUGCAGGGUACUUUGGACUGGGUCCAGUGAACGCACAGCCUGGUGACCGCAUCUGCGUCUUACUUGGCUGCGAUCAGCCAAUGAUCCUUCGGCCUCACAAAUCCGGUCGCUUUCAAGUAGUCGGCCCUUGUCAUAUCCGUGGCUUUGAAGACUCUGCGGCACUUCUUGGAUCGCUACCCAAAAAUUGGUCGGUCAAGUCUUCCCUUGAGAAGGGAAAGAGACCGACACCUUGGGAAUACCACUUCUACAAUUCCCAGACUGAAGUAACGACGGACCAAGAUCCUCGACUAGAACCCUUGUCAUCCCAGUGGGAAGUGGUGGACACGGAACGUCCUCCAGACAAGCCUUUUGCAAGCUUCAGGAACAACGUCACGGGCGAAGUAGUGUAUGGCGAUCCAAGACUAAGUCCGGAAGCUUUGAAAACCCGUGGGGUUGAGUUGAAGACUUUUGAACUCAUCUGAAUCUCGGUAAGCUUCUUCGCAUCCCAUCUCUCAGUUUGGAAACAGGAGCUUGGAAAUGUUAAACCAAAUACAACGGGGUCGGAGUGUUGUUGACCAAUCAAUUACUAGCAUCCCACAGCCUUGCAUAACUACUGGAUUUGUCAGAAACAACUUCCUCAUCUCCUUACCUACCCAACAGCUGUUUCCUCGUCCAAA